AAAAUUCUGGGGUUUUACGUACCACUUUCAUUUUUUCAAGUAUGUCGCAAAUAUUUUGGACAACUAACUCCGAAAUUUAUGGGCUUCAAAGAGAAAGAAGUUUUAGAGUAGACAAACACAGGUUUAUUACUCACAGAAGUACAUGGCGAUGAAUUUCUGUCUUAGUAGGGACAUACAAUUUCUGGGAACGAGAAGAGGCAGAGUGAAAGUGAAAAAAAAAUUAUCUGAAAAUCUUUCUAAUAAAAUUCAUUAAAGCGUUGUUUUAAAUAACAGUAAAAUUACAGUAAAAUUUACGAUUUUACAAAUAAUAUUCACUUUUGAAAAAAUAUGGAAACUAAAGCAAAUAUGACGUAGCUAUGUUGCCAACAAUUUACUAAAAAGGUACGCAAACAAGCAUGGUCUUAGGUAACAGGGCAAGACGGCAACCUCUAACCCGUGUAAGACUUGUCAGAUUUUAUUGUAUGGGAACGGAAAUGGCGUCUCUCGAUAACGUGAAGAAACGGUGUGUAUUUGUCGAAUUAGUUGACGGUAGGGCAAAUGCCCCAUACGAAAUUAUUCUAGAAGAAAGCUCAACUGAGCAAAGCUUUGAUAACAUACUCCACUCAACUCCCAUUCUUCACCAAAAUAGUUCACGAACAUCUUUUCAAGAUUACACACAUUCAGGCAAUUUGGGGAAUGUUACUACAUCCAAGCUUCUAAAUACUAUUUCUCCAUUUGAUUCUGGAUUGGAUUGUGAUGAUGUGUCUAGUGACAAUUUGGUGAUCUCUUCUACAUCUAAGCAACUUAGUUCUAUUGCGUUGGAUUCUGAACAAGGUUCUGAGCAUGUGCCUAGUGACAUUUGUGCUUGCGCAGCACUUGAGGUUUUACCCUAUCUAAUUCCAGUCAGGAAGAAAAAGGGUGUUAUCCCUUCUCACUUUCUGUAUUAUCCUCAAGAAGAUUCAGUUAGCCUGGAUGCGGUUUUAAAGGAGACGGUCAAUCGUCCCCCGUUCAUCAUUCAAAUUGAAGAUUCCUUCCACGUCAUUGUAGAUAACCAAGUUUUGGUAACUUCUAACUCGGUCUCCGAGGCAUUGUUGAACGUAUUUUCCUCUUACUAUGUUUUCUGUAUCGAAUAUAGUAAGCAAGUAUUGAAAUCACUGUUGUUCCUGUAAAGUGAGGUCUUCGGUUUAAAAGAUGAUUGUUCCAGAAAUUGCCCUGGUUUACCUCUUUUUGUAAACACUCUUAAUGCUGUUAAACUGUAAUUGACCUUUUGUUCGUUGUCAUUGUCGUCGUCGUCGUUCAUUAAUGUUUCGUUGAACUGACAACAUUCAAACAAAAUGCAAUUUUGGUUGGCAAAGAGCAAUACAAAGUUUAAUC